UAUGUUUGGAAGAUCAACCUGCUCUUGAUGCCCUCACUCUUGGAAAUACAAAUGCCUCUAAUAUAUUUUCGUUCACAUUAACAUUACGUCAAAAUGAUUGUAAAUGCGAUUUUCGUAUCAAUGCAUAUGGAUGUCCUGAAUCAAAAACCAUUCUUAAUAUGUAUUAUGUUUUGUUGGCGAUUACUAUUUUAAACAUUCUGCUUAGUGGAUGUUUUAUAUACUCGAGGAUUUUUAUAAGAAAGCAACCAGUGUGGUUUGCUCCUACACGAAAUAGAGGUAUUCUUAGACCUAGACCUCAAGAUGCUUUUCAUAUCAUUACGGUUGUUUAUGGAUCUUCGCAAAUUAUUCACAUCAUCCUAUUAAUAACAUCAAUGUAUCCAAACACCAAAACAGCUGAGAUUGGUCAAGAUAUACCACGAAUGAUUGGAUUUGGAUUGGCUGUGUUGUUACCAGUUAGCAUUGGUAUAGAUUUCUUAUUACUUCAAUUACAAGGAUUAUAUUCUACUCCAACGAUAGGCACUCGUACAGUAAAAUGGAUUCCUAAUAAAUACUUUGUCGAUGGAAUAGGCUUCACAUUAAUAUUCGGCCCGUUCAUAACAAUACUUCCAAUAGCCUACAUGACGGGUUUUUAUGCUGAUCGUGGUGCUCCUCCAUUAUCAUCUUCAGGUUCUUUCUUACCUGAAACGCAUGGUUCAAUGGUUACCAGAGAGAAUGCGACAUUGUUAGCAAAUAAAUAUUUCAAAAUUCACUAUUUAAUUUGGUCUGCUUGGGGAUGCUUUUAUGUUACAAUUGUCGUUUAUUUCUGGUAUAAAUUGAGCUUAAUACUUCGAUUACAUAUGAGAGAAUUAAAGGAACGACAACAAUCUAGUGACUAUGACAUCGAGUGGAAAGUAAAGAUGAUUGUAAGGGCUAUCAAGAAUUUGUCAAUAAUAGCAGCAACGUUCGUAAUAGCAAAUGGGUCGUACACUAUAAUGGCUUUCGCAUAUGGAUUAUGGCAACAUAACAUUACAAUAUUCAUUUCUGGAAUAGACUUAUUUUAUUUAUUCGUUUGGUAUUUUUCCUUUCCUAUUUUACUUUCCAUUACACAAGCUGUUUUUAUUUACAACACAUAUAACCCAGCACCAAAUGGACCAACAUUUACUCAUCUAUCAGCAACGUCCUCCACCGUUGGUAAUGGUGACUCGUUAUCACAUGAUAAAAGAAUUGACUUUCGAUUAAUAAAAGCCAUAAAUGGUAGCAGAUUUUUCCCUGCUAUUCGUAACAAACAGUCUUCAGAUUCUAUUAAUUCAAAAACUACAGCAAUUUCAUCUGAUCAAACUUUACAAGGGAGUAAAUCCGAACAUGAGAGUUGCGUAGAUGAAUGUAAUAUGAAUUAUAAUGAUGAACACGUUGUUCCUUUUAAUAAUAAUGUAUCAAUGCCAAAAAAGCCAGAACCAUCAAGGCAGAUCAGUUUUAAGAGUUUGAAAUCUAAUAAUUCUUAUCAUAGUUGUUUUAGUAAUAUUUCAGAAUUAGAGUAA